AUGGAGCCGGCGGCGGCGGGGCAGACACCCGUGUUGGACGUGGGGCUGAGCGGCAGCGGUGCCCCGAGGCCCCGGCCCCCUUGGAGCGGAGAGCAGGAACUGAAAAGCGCCCUGCUGGAGCUGGUCGUCUACAUCGCUUUCCUGACAAUCCUCUGUAUAGUAACAUUCGGCAUGGUGAGCACGGACAGGUAUUACCUGAACAAAGUCAUGUCCCAUGUCUUCCUGGAGCCCUCCUCUGAGGAUGCCAACAACAGGGGUUUCAAGAAUAUUCAGAACAAAGAUGACUUCUGGAAGUUUGCAGAAGGAACUCUGUUGGAUGGACUGUACUGGAACAAAUGGUACAGCAACAAUACAUUAAACUUCCAGAACAAUAACAGCCAUAUUUACUAUGAGAAUUUGCUGCUAGGAGUAGCCCAGAUCCGUCAGCUGAAAGUACGAAACAACACUUGCUUCAUCCACUCAUAUUUCCAGAAUGUUUUAGAAGACUGUUACAGUGAAUAUAGUUAUGGAGCUGAAGACACAUCUGACUUUGGUCUAGGCAGCAGUCCUGAAUGGCAAUACAGCUCAGGCCCCUCAUUCUCUCCAUGGCACUGGGGAUAUGUGGGCUUAUACAGGAGUGGAGGAUUUAUAUUCACCUUACCUAAAUCAAAGCAGAAGAGUAUGGAGAAGUUGAUAUUCCUCAGGCAUAAUGAAUGGCUCACUCAAGGCACCAGGGUUAUAUUUAUCGAUUUCUCAACAUAUAAUGCUAAUGUAAACCUCUUCUGUAUAAUCAGGUUGGUGGCAGAGUUCCCUGCCACCGGGGGUGCUCUUACCUCCUCACAGUUCUACUCUGUGAAGCUCCUCAGAUAUGUCACAUACAGAGAUUACUUACUGGCUUCUUGUGAAAUCGCCUUUUGCUGCUUUAUUCUUACAUUCAUAAUCCGGGAAGCUAUAAAAAUAGUAAAACUGAAAAAGGAGUAUUUCAAAAAUGCCUGGAACUGGCUGGAAAUGCUGCUGCUGGUGGCAUCCCUCCUUGCCAUUGCCUUCAACAUCUACCGCACUGUGCAGGUGUCCCUGCUGAUGGAAAAGCUGCUGUCUAAUGACUGUGUAUAUCCAGACUUUUAUUUCCUUGCAUACUGGCAAGUCCUUUAUGACAACAUGAUUGCUGUCACCAUCUUCUUUGCUUGGUUAAAGGUAUUGGUAUUUAAAUAUAUAAACCUGAGCAAAACCAUGACUCAGCUGUCCUCCACUUUAUCUCAUUGUGCCAAAGACAUCAUUGGAUUUGCCACCAUAUUCUUCAUUGUUUUCUUUGCCUAUGCCCAGUUGGGCUAUUUGGUUUUUGGGUCGCAAGUUGAAGAGUUUUCCACUUUCCAAAACUGCAUCUUUACCCAGUUUCGUAUUGUGCUGGGAGAUUUUGAAUUUGAAGCCAUAGAAACAGUAAACAGAAUCCUUGGACCUCUUUACUUCAUCACAUUUGUAUUCUUUGUGUUCUUCCUAUUGCUGAAUAUGUUUUUGGCUAUUAUAAAUGAUGCCUAUUCAGAAGUCAAAGGAGACUUUGAGGUGAUGCCAUAUCAACGACUGAAGUUGAGAGACCUCAUUAGAAAGUGUUGCAAUAAAGCCCUUGUCAAGCUCAGGCUAAAGAAACCAGAGAUGCAUCCAGCAGGCAAGAACCUGGAAAGGAAUUUCCAGCCACUGAAAGAAAGUCUGUUUCUCAGCUUUCCAUUGAAAGUGGCACUAAUGAACAGAGCCAACUGCAGCAACCAACCCUAGAGCAGUAUGUGCCUGCUGAGAACAUGGUCUCAGUCCCAGCUCAGAGAAACGUUUCUGCUGCAGAAAUUCAGCUGUAAGUGCGUGUCUGUUCUUGCAGUCUUAUUCCCAUCCCCAGGCAGCUGCAGCCCUAGCUGAAACCCUGAGUGACAACUGAGAGACAAAUCCACACAAAGGCAGUGAU